AUGCGCACCGCGCUUAAUAUUCAACCACUUGCCAUUUAUGAAAGAUGGUGUAAACGAUUCCGUGAAGGCGAAGAUGAUCUCGAAGACGAAGCACGAUCCGGCAGACCUGUUACCGAAACAACGUCUGAAAACAUUGAAGAAGUUCUAGGCAGGAGUCUUUGGUCACUAACAGAAAAGCUAACACUGGUCGCAAGAGGUGAUCCUCCGCCGACAGUCGUUCGACGCGGUAGAUUUGCUCCGAAAACGUUAUUCUCCAUAUUUUUUAAAUCUACUGGUCCGCUUCUGAUUCAUCGUGUAACACGUGGGCAAACUAUCGAUCAUCCAUAUUACAUCGACAACUGCUUGCAGCCACUUAUAGACGAAAUCAAGCAUCAACGACUGUCAUAUGGUACAAAUCAUAUCAUUCUGCAUCACGAUAACGGGAAGCCGCAUGUUCACAAAUGUGUGUCUGAUUAUCUUCAGUCGGAAGGUAUUGAAACAAUACCUCAUCCACCAAAUUCUCCAGACUUAUCACCUUGCGACUUCUGGCUAUUUGACCUGAUCAAACGAAACUUAAGUGAUCAGAGCGAUCCACAAUCAUUGCAACAUGCUGUGACUGACCUUAUGUAUUCGUUGAGUGCACAAGAGUAUAGAAAAACAUUUGAUAAGUGGAUUGAGAGAAUGCAGUUAUGUGUGGAUAAUCAGGGUCAUUAUUUCGAGCAUUUGAUGUAA